CGUGGGAAGAAUCCAAACGGCAGCCCUGGUUGAUCUUCGCCGAACCAAAACCCGUGCAGGAAUGCCAAUGCCUGCCGGUGCUGUGUGCUCAAGUCUAGCUUCCUUCCACGCUGCUCUCGGAGAAUCCGCAGGGUGUUUGUGUGCAUUGAUUAGCCCUCUGGUUGGAUCUGAGCCCUCUCCCAACGGCUUAUGUCUUCUGAAACGGCACGUUACUCCAUUUCAGAUGAGCAAUGCGCAAUAGGGUCAAAACUUCGGACUAAAGAUUCUGCUGAUCGGUAAUCCUCUCCUCAACAACAUCUCCCCGUGUCCCUCUGUCUGGCGUGUGCCUUCUCACCAGUCCACCGGCUGGCCAAGCUUUGUUCGACGAGUCGCCGUCCCCAUCAUUGAUUACCAGUGCCGGUCGUACGUAUUCGCCGCAACUUUCGCGACGUGCUUCACUCCCUCCCGUAUCUCAGAUCCCCUAACGCAACCCUCUCCCCCAAGGCCAUAAGGAUUCGGCCGUUAACUCUAUAUGCUAUGUUGCCCCUGAUCGUGCUAAAGGAAAAUGGAGCCAGACCGUCGUAAUGGUUUUAGGAGGGAUCCAGACCGGCAGGAUUACCAUAGACGACCGAUUGAACGACGUCCAAGUAAAAAGUCCUCCUCCAAAGAUCGGCACGGUGUUGUAUAUCCUGAAAGUUUUCGUGACGCUACUAUCAGAACUGUCACGCCGGAUUCAAUGUCCGACAAUGCCAAUAACUCUCCAAUGUCCGACGCAGAGUAUAUGUCGGCAACCACAACGUCCCCGCAUGCUACCCUUCGUGCGAAACACCGCGAACGACGUCAGGAGUCUGCUCCCUAUUUCUCCGCAGGUGAUGACGAGGAUCUAGGGCUCGGGCCGAAAAGCCUGAGGGCAAGAUCCAGAACCACCCUGGAUGAUCAACGAAGUGAAAUAUCCCAGAGUCUUUUGUCACGGACCAGAACAAGACUAGGUUCUAUCAAUGUGGCCUCGCAAUCUUCAAAGGGAUCUGAGGAUUCGGUUUCGUCCAUUGGAUACCCUUCCAUAAUCCAAUCCCCGACCCAACGACAGAGGCUUAGCAAGGCACCAUCAGGUGGGGCAUCGCUUGUGGCUAGUUCUUCGCGUCUAUCGUCAUACGGAUCACCGUUGUCGAACUCCGAUUCUUCAAAAAUAUUACAGCUGAUGAAGACAACAUGUGGUAGAAUGCAUGGCAUUCUUUCUUUCCGUGCUUCAGGGAGUACUUCCUGGACCUCGGGAUACUGCGCCAUAAACGUGGCCAGCGGAAGCCUAAUAUAUCAGGCGAAGGGAGAGCCGGCCGCCGCAAAAACACUGAUACCAGACCUCAGGGGAUGUCGCGUCCGUACUCUGUACGAUACGGAAAUACAAGGCUCAUAUCUGAGUGUUUCAGCUCACUCUUCUACUGUCGGCAUACACUUAAGACCCCAUGUAAUUGAAACCUUCGAUUCUUGGCUGGCCGCUCUUCUUUGUUGGCAACCGAUCCGCCCCAAAGGUGUCCAGAAUAAAAUGACCAAACCACAAUCGGUUGCAAUUGGUAACCACCGCUUUCCAGAGCGGAGAAGAAACUCUGAAAGCACAAUACAAAAAGAGGCCGCAAUAAUCAAAGUUGGGCAGAUGCUUUUGUGGGACAGACAGACGGCAUCCGGCCUUCUCCCGCCCCCAACGCCUAAAAGAAUUUCCACCUUCAAGCAGCAGCGGGCCUUAUCACCAUCGUGGCGUAAAGUGAGCUGUUCAUUGCAAGAGAAUGGCCACAUGAAGAUAUUCACAGAAACUGAUGUGACCUUAAUUGCUUUUGUGCAACUAUCACAGCUCUCCCGGUGCGCUAUCCAGCAAUUAGAACCAUCAGUCCUGCACGACGAAUUUUGUAUCGCCAUUUAUCCCCAGUACUCUGUUCAUGCUGGAGGAGACCAGCUGACUCGCCCGAUUUACCUGUCUCUCGAAAGUCGCAUCCUGUUCGAAGUUUGGUUUGUCUUAUUACGUGCGUUCACGAUACCAGAGUUGUACGGCCCCGAACAACCUCCGCCGAAUGAUGAUCCCGCGCGGAAUCAUUCCCUGGCUGUUUCUAACGCAACUUCUACCGCUGACAUGUUCCGUAUUGAGCGAUUGCUAUCGAUUCGAAUAAUAGAGGCUAAGAUGUUCACCUCUGUUAAAGACAGUGUGGAGGUCACAAAGACCAAAAAGCCUGUGAAGCCCCACCUGUCUCAAAUGAAAAUACGCGCUUCUGGCGACUACUAUGCCGAAGUUUUACUCGAUGGAGAAGUGCGGGCGAAGACUGCUGCUAAACAUGAUACUUCAACGCCUUUUUGGCGAGAAGAUUUUACCUUCCACGAUUUACCGCCUGUCCUAUCUAAUGCAUCUAUAAUGGUUAAGACGUUGAAUUCGACCCAAAAAGACUGGACAUUAAUAUCCCGUGCGCCAUACUCCUUUGAGGAUGUUAGCAGUGAUCCUUUGUCGAUAGUGGGUGACGUCGAGAUUACUUCGCAGGAUGCUACAUACGGCAGAAUUGACCUCCGUUUGGAGGAUUUAGAGCGUGGAUCUGGCCCGGAAAAAUGGUGGCCAAUUCUGGAUGAUCAUGAUCAGCCGGUAGGGGAAAUGCUAAUGAGGGUCCAACUGGAUGAGACGGUUGUCUUGAUAUCCAAAGAGUAUGAAGCGAUGUCUGAGCUACUACACUCAUUUUCGAACGGACUUACGGUGAAUCUUGCGCACCUCGUCCCUCCAGAGUUACGUCAGUUGUCGGAAACCUUCCUUGACAUUUUCCAAGUAUCAGGGCAGGCAGGAGAGUGGAUUAUGGCGCUUGUUGAAGAUGAAAUAGAUGGAAUCCAUAAAGAUUCAACAGCAAGUCGAUUGAGAUACACUAGUCGAAGUCGUAUUCAUUCGAACGACUCGUACGAAUCGACCCAGGAAAGAGAAGCUCUCGUGCGUGAUCUGGGUAGAUCAGCUACCGUUGAAGCCAACUUGCUUUUUCGGGGUAAUUCUCUGCUAACAAAGUCUCUGGAUAUGCAUAUGCGUCGACUCGGAAAAGAAUACCUCGAGGAAACCAUUGGAGCCGGAUUAAGGGACAUUGACGAGAGCGACCCUGAUUGCGAAAUUGACCCCAAUAAAGUCAGUCGACAUGAGGAUUUGGAACGUAAUUGGCGAAAUUUAAUUUUGCUCACGAGCAGUAUGUGGAAAUCUAUUGCCAAUUCUGCCUCUCGCUGCCCUGCUGAAUUGAGGCACAUCUUCCGGCAUAUAAGAGCCUGUGCGGAAGAUCGCUAUGGUGAUUUCUUGCGGUCUGUUGCAUAUAGCAGCGUUUCUGGAUUCCUAUUCCUUCGCUUCUUUUGCCCUGCAAUACUGAAUCCAAAGCUGUUUGGAUUGCUUAAAGAACAUCCUCGUCAACGGGCUCAACGCACCUUGACCCUCAUUGCAAAAGCAUUGCAAGGACUGGCUAAUUUGGCCACGUUUGGAAACAAGGAACCAUGGAUGGAACCUAUGAAUAAGUUCCUGCUGUCCCACCGCAGUGAAUUUAAGGACUUUGUGGAUUCUAUCUGCUCCAUACCAGCGGAGCGCGGGGCUCAAAUCGUCAACCCAUCUUACGCCACGCCAAUUCAGAUUUUAAACCGCUUACCACCCACCUCGCGGGAAGGAUUCCCAAGUCUCCCAUUCUUGAUUGAUAAUGCGAAAAGCUUUGCUUUCUUGGUUCGGUUAUGGCUUGAAUCCGCACCGCCGAAUCUGAUGGUCAUGUCUGAUAUAGACGAAACUGUCCUUCAGUUCCAUAAGCUGUGUCUUCAAAUCCAACAGCGCACCAAGGAUUGCCUCAACAAAGCCGAGCAAGCCGAACGUCCAAACGGAAAUCUUGAGGUGAAAUGGGAAGAACUUGUCGAGCAGUUUGAGAAGUCAAGCACAUUCUAUGAGGAGAGCUCGAGCAAGGCGAACACUCCCUCCGUGGAGACAGCGAUGUCAAACGUUGCAGCAAUGUCGGGAAACAAUAGGAAUUCGAUUGGCUAUUUUUCUAGGCCACCUUUCCAGCAUAGAAGUACGGAUAUGAGCAAUGCAAGUGAAGAUGCGGAGGAUGACACACGGUCACAUGCAAUAUCAACAAACUGGGAUCCUGGCCGGCCUAAAUUCACGGUGCCAAAGUAUUCAGAAGCCAGAGAAAGCGCUGACAGCUCCCAUAACUCGUCUACGUAUUCUCUGGAAUAUCCUGAGCAACCAAAAAUCCGUCAAUCUAGCGUUUCCAAAGAGUCCUCUAGCAAAUACCGAUUGUUUGAUUUGGUGGGGAACUCUAGGCGGAAGGCUAGAGAAAAAGAAUCCCAGCAAUUCCUCCCAUCUGACUUGGGUCCUCGAGAUGAAUAUAUAUGACUUAUAGAGCCGCCACCUUGGCUGAUAUGGUAUCUUGCAGCAUAUGAUUUUAUGAACUCAAUACUCUCCUAUCUAUUCUUGUUACACCCUUUAGUUUAAGACUAGUAUACACUUCUUUUCCCCUUCUGAUGCCUCUCCUAACCGUCAUGCAUGUGUGAAGCUUAGAUUUCUGCUUGUUUAGGCUCUAUGAUUUCGUGCACAUACUUUAUUUUAAUGUUUCUCAACA